AUGUCCGAUUCUGACGACGAUUACACCCCGGAGCUCAUCACUUCAAAGCCUUCCCAGCCCUCCCAGCAUUCCCAGCAUUAUCCUUCUGCUACUAAUAAAGAGCCAACUGCUGAUGGUGAAGCUAGUCCAAAUGACAAACCCGCAGCUAGAGCCUCACCGGUGCCGUCUGAUACUAGUAAGACUAUGGCCAACCCUGUCCCCACGUCCUUGCCUUCCAAACCGUCCAUAAAAUCCCAGUCCACCUCCUUGGAUACGUCUCCCCGUAAUACCAAAAGAGUAACCUUUGCUGAAAAGGAUACGCAUUUCCCAUCGUCGGACAACGAAACAAAUGAGGAAGAACUAGAUUUGAGCGGAGAACAAGUAACGGAUGAUACAGCGAUGAGGAGCGUGGAGGAACAUCAUGACGGUGGUGCUGAUGACAAUGGUCAUGAUGACGACCACGACGAUAUCAAAGGUUUGGAUAUUAUAGACGAUAAUGACGAUGAUGAGUACGAUGAUUACGAUCCAUUAUCAUCGGUGCCGCCUGUUCCAAUCAGAAAUUACAGUGAGAUCAAUGUCCCAUUGUUCAAUGAGAUUGUCCAGUAUCUAAUUACAUCCAACUUGUACUUGGACGAAUCCUUCAAAUGCAAAUCACCUUUAGAGAAGGAACAGAUUUUAAUCUCUAAAUAUGAACACCACUCAAAUACAAAGGUCAAUCCGGCUACGGUCAAUUUGAACUUCUACGCAACAACCUCUUACAACAAACCUCAAUUAAAACCCCAAGAUAAAGAACAGCUGCUCAUACCUAUAAACCCAUAUUGCCGUCGUCCAGAUCUGAAUGUGCCAUUAACUGACAAAGCCUCUCAGAUAAAACUACAACAGUUCCGCAAAGACAUUGAAAAAUACUCCAAGGAGUUUGAAUGCCUUGAGUUCCCAUCAGGCUCAAGAUUAUUUAUUGGGAACUUGGCUGUUAAUUCACUGAAAAUCGAGGAUGUUUGGAGAAUCUUUAGCCAGUAUGGUAAAGUUGUUGCAGUGAACUUAAAACAGGGGUAUGGGUUUGUGCAGUUUACUAAUGCUGAAGAUUGCUCUGAGGCAAUCAAAGGUGAACUGAAUGUACCAUUACACAAUAAGUUCAUGCAACUACAAGUAUCUAAAACCCAUGAGAAACACACGGAACAACGUGAAGAUAAAGGCAUUGAUAGGGACAGAUCACCAACUAGAAAGGGUAAAAAAGUCCGUGUAAUCAUAUCAAUUGAAUCAGAUACCAGCUUCAACCAUUUGUUAGUUAAUUCUUUGAAUGAAAUAGGAGUUGAAUGUAGUGUCAAACAUGUAGACACUAAUGCAAAUGAUGUUCCACAGGAUAUUAUCAGUGAGAGUGCAUAUGCUGGUGUUUGUGCAACAGUUGUCACAAAUAAAUUGGAGUCUGUGAAUCUAUUCCUAUUUCAAAGAAACAGUAAUGAUGGUGCAAUUAAGUUUGAUGAAUACGAAGGUAUAUCAUUAGACAGUGCCAUCAAUUUCAUCAACAAUCAACGAGAUGAGAAGCCUAGAGAAAGAGAUUCCAGGAGGAACGAUAAGAGAGAUCGGGGAAGAAAUAGAGAUCGAAAAGACAGAGAAAGAGAAAGAGACAGAGAACGGGAAAGAGAAAGGGAAAGAGAAAGAGAAAGAAACAGAGACAGAGAUAGCAGAGACAGAGAUAGCAGACGUAGUUCUCACUUCAACGCUUAUCAUCGAAAUCACAGGGAGGAUGGGGGUGUUAGGUACUCGCCAAGACAGCAAGAAGCCCAGAAACACUUGCCACCCCAGGUGAUCCCGUCGAUUCCGUCUAUACCUUCUCGUAUUCCCACGAUCCCACCAAUGGCCGGUACACAGUAUUAUCAGAACACGCCUUCUCCUUCUUUGAACAAUCCUGUUGCUGCACAGCUAAUGAACCAACUAUCGUCGUUGGAUGAAAACUCGUUAAAGGCGAUGUUGAAUCUGGUGAACCAGCAGCAGAAUGUGUACAUUCCACCUGCAGUGCCUACUUUUCAAGGUGGUUCCGUGCAGGGACUAUACAACCAACUACAAAACAUGGCGCCUUCACAGCCUGCUCCAGCCCCUGUGGCAGCCCCAGCCCACCCUCCGGCUUCUUCUUCCUCUUCUUCUGGUGCUCCACCCAAUGGUAGCGGUGAAGAUGGAGAGGAAACCAGCCGGUUAUUUGAGACACUUGCAAGACUCAAAAAUAACAUGUAA